AUGAACGAUUCUGGUCAGCCUCGUCACCGCCACGGAACCGCCAGAUGCGCGUUUGACGAGAUGCGCGAGAUGCAGCCAUUCAUGCGCCAGCACCUUUCCUCAUCCCUCCGAACCUUUCCUCUCCGCCCUCCGGUAGUGGCGAGCGUAGUGGGUGCGGGUUUAGGAAGGGAAGUGCAUCUUGCACUCAACUGCGCUCACACGAACCCGCGCAUUCCUCCUCAUCCCUCCAAUCCCCGUCAUCCUCUCUCCGCCCUAUCCUUCUCUCUCCCCCCUGUCCUUCUCUCUCCCCCUUGUCCUUCUCUCCCCCCCCUGUCUUCCUCUCUCCCCCCUGUCUCUCUCUCCCCCCUGUCCUCUCUCCCCCCUGUCCUUCUCUCUCCCCCCUGUCCUCCUCUCACCCCCCUGUCACCCUCCUCCCGGCCUGUCCACUCCCCUGGCGUCGACCCCAUGAGCCUCAGGAUUUCCAACAUUCCCUCUCACCCGUCUUCCUACCUCCUCAUUUCCCUCUCCCCACUGCUUCCUAUCCCCUCCUUCGGCUCCCCCUUUUCCGUCCCUACUCUCUUCCCAUCUCCCAACAACUCUCAUCCUCCUCCUAUCUCCUCCCAUCCCUCACCACCUUCCUUCUUAUCACCCUCACACCCUCACUCCCCUCUUUCUAUCUCCUCCCUUCCCUCUCCCCCCUCUCUCCGGAAAAUUCCCCUUUCCUCCCCCCAUUUCCCCCCUCCAACCCCUCAUUCCCAUCCCUCCUUUCACUCAUUUCCUCCCCUGCUCCCCCAUUUCCCAGUGCGCGUGGCUGCUGCUCGCUUCGCCUGCGUUCGCCAACCGCCCUUUUGCCUCCUGCGCCUGCAGGCGCGCGUGACCGCCAACUGCGCGUUUGACGACGCGCACAAGAUGUGCACAUUCAUGAGCCGCGUGACAGCAGCGUGGGUGACAGAGGCAGAGGCGUGGCGGGGCAAAGCUGGGGUUGAAGGGAGCAAGGCACUGCUACGAGAGGGGGUGGGAGGGAGCAAGGUAGAGAUACGAGAGGCGGAGAGACAAGAGGGGAGUGAAGGGAGCAAGGCGGAGAGACAAGAGGGGAGUGAAGGGAGCAAGGCGGAGAGACAAGAAGGGAGUGAAGGGAGCAAGGCGGAGAGACAAGAGGGGAGUGAAGGGAGCAAGGCGGAGAGACAAGAGGGGAGUGAAGGGAGCAAGGCGGAGAGACAAGAGGGGAGUGAAGGGGAUAUGGGAGAGGAUAAAAGGGAGCAAGGCAGGAGGCAGAGAGAAGGGAGGGGAUAA